AUGGAACCUGCAGCCUUCUGGCAGACUGAAACCAUAAACACGGCUCUUCAUCUCUCCCUCUUCCUCCUCCUCCUCUUCCUCAUCCUCACCCUCAUCCUCUUUGUACUCUCAGCAGUGAGGUAUGUGUCUGUGCAUACAGGAGGCUCCAUCACCAUCCCAUGUCACUAUGAUCUGAAUCACAUCAACCAUGUGAAAUACUGGUGUAAAGGAUUAGGUUGGGAAGUGUGUUCUUAUGUGGUACGCACUGACCAUCCUAAGAGCAGUAGUAAUGCCUCAAUCUCUGAUGACAUCAACAAGAGAAUCUUCACUAUGACCAUGACUAAGUCACAGGACUCUGAGAAUUACAGGUGUGUUGUGGAGAUCAAUGGAGGACCAGAUAUCAGGAUACAAUGGUUCUACCUGAUUGUCACUCCAGGUACUCCAGAACUUUAUGUGGACCAACAGGAAGUGACUGGAGUUGAAGGAGGGAGUGUCACUGUCCGUUGUUACUAUAGUAACUCUGGAGAUAUGAAGUGGUGCAGGAUGGGUGGUGAUUGUGUGUCGUAUUCUGGGACUUUACAUGGAACAUCAGUGACAUUAAAGGAUAUCAGUCUGGCCAACAACAGAACAGUCUCAACAGUGACUAUGAGUGGACUGAAGAUGGAGAACACUGACUGGUAUUGGUGUGAAGUGGGAGAACUAGAGAUGCCUGUUCACAUCACUGUCAGUCAACAUACUGCAACACAAAACAUCACUGCUAUCACAACCCAAGCUGAGGGGAACAUGGAGGAAGUCCACCCGAGGUCCAUAGAUGUGAAAGUCCUACUGAUUCCUUGGGGCAUGUUGGUGGUGGUGACAGCUGGUAUCCUAGUCACAUGGAAGAUAUGGACAAAGCAUAAGGACAAUAAGGCCAAGGACCAGACAACUAACAACUCAGUGGCCCCAUUUCCUGAAGAUGAUGAUGAUGUCACAUACAGCACUGUCAUCCUCCAGCACAAGGCCCAACUAAAAGUACAGGCCAAGGCAGCAGAACCAGAUGAUAAUGUGGUCUACAGCUCACUAGCUCUACAGGUGACCACACAGGUCAGUGUUGGUGUCUCCUCUGUCUGUUGUACCAGAUGA